GGGGGAGUAAGAGAGAGAAAGAAGAGAGAGAAAGCACUCAGCGGACCAGAGACUUGAACAUCACAAGACUGCACACUAUGAAGGGUAUAUUAAAUAUAAAGUAAACCAACAGCUUUGGGAUGAAUGGUACCAUGAACCAGACAGAGGGACAGUACAGAGAUGGCUAUGAGACAGCUUGGAAUGGCAGCAACACCUACAACAUCACACCUCGUAAUGUCACCACUGGCUUCCAGUCCCUCUUCUCCCCGGUUAUGGACAUGGCCAUCAGUGGCAUCACCAUCAUCAUCCUCUUCAUCACCAUGGUGUCCCUGGGCUGCACCAUGGAGAUCUCCAAGAUCAAGGCCCAUAUUCUGAAGCCCAAAGGUGUUGCCAUCGCAGUGGUGGCCCAGUUUGGUAUCAUGCCUCUCACUGCCUUCAGCCUGGCCAAAAUCUUCCAGCUGGGCCCCAUCGAGGCUGUGACCGUGCUGAUCUGUGGCUGCUGUCCGGGGGGAAACCUCUCCAACAUCUUCGCCCUGGCCCUGAAGGGUGACAUGAACCUCAGCAUUGUAAUGACCACAUGUUCUACUGUUUUGGCCCUGGGUAUGAUGCCUCUGCUGCUCUUCCUAUAUUGCCACGGCUUCAAUAACUUGGAAAACGCUGUGCCUUACACUGGCAUCACCAUAGCUCUCAUCAUGACCCUAGCGCCCUGUGCCAUUGGCAUAGCCAUCAACCACCGGGUACCACAGUACUCUCAGAUCAUCAUCAAGGUUGGUCUAAGCAUCUUACUGAUUGCCUCUGUGGCCAUUGGCGUCAUGUCAGGCAUCACUAUUGGGGGAACAGUGUGGGUGGUUCUCUCACCCCAACUCCUGGCUGCAGCUUCACUGAUGCCCCUGACAGGCUACCUGCUGGGAUACAUCAUGUCCACCAUCUUCAAAGUCAAUCAUCAAUGCAGGAGGACUAUUUCUAUAGAGACAGGCUGUCAGAACAUCCAGCUGUGUUCCACCAUCUUGAAGGUGGCCUUUCCCCCGGAGGUCAUUGGGCCCCUGUAUCUGUUCCCGCUGAUCUACAUCAUAUUCCAGGGAGGUGAGGCGUUGCUUUUCAUCAUCCUCUUCAGAUGUUACCAAAGGUUCAAGCCACCAGCUGAGGGUAAGUGUCACAGCUGUCUGGGUAACACUAGGGUAGCGUGGCUCAGAGAACGUACUGUCCGCUUACCCCGGUUGUUGUUACAGUGUGCCAGACUGUUCGACAAAGGGAGAAAAUAUAGGCAGUCUUUCCUCUAAAGAAAUCUAUUUUUCUCUCCCAUAGCAAAGCCUUUAUACCUGGCAGUUGCCGGUAAAAUUGAGGAAGUAAAGGUUCUAUAGGUCCCAUAUGGGAGAGGCCCAUAGAGAUGGAGAGGUCACAGGAGGACAGCAGACCAAACUGAACAGGCCCAGGACAGGAGCCAAGACCCCAGCAUUGGAAAGGCAACGGAAGGGAGAGGGACACCUCAGACAAUCUGAGGACAGAAGAUGGUAGUCUAAUAUGGCCAUCGCUCAGUCACUUCAGUGACAUCAAUUGUAUGGCUUUUUAGGGCAACAUAACUGGCUGGGGAUGUGCAGCACAAUUUUACCAAUGCAACUGUAUACUGUAGGUGGAAUGCAGUGUCUAAGCCACUAGAUACUAACUGGAGGGGGGAAAAAUAGUAACUAUUUAUAUAGGCCAGAUUUUAUUUCUAGAGAUGUUAAUAAUGAAUAUGAAUUUAAAUAGUUUAUCUGCUGCCCAUAUUUUGCAUUUUGACACAAUAGGUUAUGCCCAGGUAUUUUAUACUUAGUGUGUAAAUAUAAAAAAGUUAUAAUGUAGAUUAAGGUUUUAACCAAAUACAACGACAAUGGAGUGAUUUCUGUAGAGGACAUAAAAGCACCAUAAAGCUGUA